UAGAUCUUACGCAAGAGUGAGUAGGAGAUGAGAGAAGUGUGUGUGAGAUUCCUUUUGCUAGAAUUGAAUUGCAUUUCUAUUGUGUGUUGUGUCUAGGGUGGUAGACUUGUAUAGGUCCCUUUUAGUGAGCUCAGUGAGCCUUUCUUUUUAAACAGCUGCUUAAAAUACUUUUGGGGAAAUUGCAAAAUUGGGAGGAGACCCCAGUAGCUUUCCACUAGUUUUCUAGCAUUGCAUCUUGGAGACUUUGUGUAACACACACCUAUGCAAUUUUGGGGCAGUCGCCAUUUUAGCUGCCAUCUUGAUAAUUUUUGAAUUUCAACUUUAAGCAGAAAAGCAGCCUUACUUGUUUGAUAUUGGCUGGAACUUAUAAAUACCUGUAUGAGGUCAGAUUUAGCAGAAUAUAUGCUGUUAUUUUAUGCCUGAAUAGAAGAAGCCAUCGGUAAGUUAAUCUGUGAUUUCUUCUAAUUCUUUUACAAAAUAAAAAUAAAAACUAAACAAAAAGAAAAACCUUGAAAGACUUCAGAGAUGAUUUGAACUGUUGAUGUAAAUUUGUAUAAACUUUAUGAAAUAGUUAUGCACUUGUGAGGAAGAAUAUCAGUAUCAUAAAAGGAUGUUAUUUUACAAGUUUAUGUGACAGUUAAUUCAAACUUUAUAAAAUAAUAUUUAUGAAUGUGAUUUGAACCUCAGAGUUAUAGAAUUUUCAAACAAGUUUUCAUCAAUUAUAGUAUGACAUGAAAAAUGAAAAUAACUUCCGAUGUACUUGUUAGGAUAUAUCGUAGAGAGAUUCUUGGUUUUGUCUUUAAUUUUAGAUGGUUCCAAGAUCGGGAUAUUUUCCAACACCAGAUAAUUUCCAGGAUCGGGACAUUUCCCAAGGUCGGGUCGUUUAGGAGACUGGUGAAUUAUUAGUAAGCUGAGAAUAUAAAGCGCCGUCUUUGAUGGAGGUUUUCGGCCAACAGAUAAGUUAUUAUAAAGAACAGUGAGAGAGAAAGCAGGAGGACUUUUCUUUAAAUGUGAACUCGAUUUCUGAAUAUCAGAAAGUCUAACGAUUGGAGAUUUGAGAUUGAAGAUACAGACAUUAAUUAUGACUGAACAGUUGAUUGAUAGAAGUAUUGAUUUGAAUUUGGAUCCUUGUAAGAUAUGUCGGAUGAUAGUCUUGAGCUAGAGUUUGGAGAACAGCUCAAGUUUCAGGUGUUAGAAGAUAAAAUGUGAUCAGAAAAAUAUAUUAGGUCAGAGAUACAAAAUGGUGAAAGUAGAAUUAUAUAUGAAGGUGGAUUAAUGCAGGAUCCUUUCAUAAUUAUGAAUGUUUGGUAGUUAUGAUUGUGAAAAGAAUGAAACAAAGUUAAAGGUUCAAUUGAUAUUUUUUUGAAGGUAUUGUUACAAGUGAAAGUGUAAUAUACUGAAACGUAAGUUGUUGAUUAGAUCAGUACAGGGUCUUUUCAGGGAUACUGGAGUAAGAAACAGGUCGAGAGUUAGGAAGUUAUAGAUUGGAUCAAAUCAGGAUCCUUUGCUUAUUUUAUGGUUGUAAACUUGUGAGCCAGAGAAAUAAUUUUCAGAAUACUUUAUCAUUAGAAGGUGUUACAUUUUUAUUUCUCUUUUAAACUUAGGUUUGUUUGUUUUUUAUAUUGAACUUCAAAGAGAGAUGUUUUGAUACUGGAGGUUUUUUUUUUUGUAUACUGAAAUAAAUUGUAAAUUGUGAUUUUGUACACAUUGAGUUUUACUUGAAUUUUAUUAGAGUCCGCCCAUGUGACAUUUUCUGGGGGCUUGUCCGGGAGUCGAACCCGGGACCUCUCGCAGUCACAUGGGUAUAUUGAUCAAAAAAUUAAGAACAAAACAAUUCAAGACAAUAAUGAUGGAGUUAUUUGUUUAAUGCAGAUGUUUGUAAAUAGUAAUGUACAUUUGACCUCAUUUGGGUGAAGUAGGUUUUUGCAAAUUGAUAGAGACCCUACAUGUAUUUUCAAACAUGGAUUUAGCAGGUCUUAUGGCAGCUGGUAAAGAGUUUGGGUUAACUGGUGAGGCUCUUAAAAAGUUUGUAUCAGAUGAACAGAAAAAGCAAAGAGAUGAGAGAGCGGAGUUGUUGGAGUUAAAGAAACGAGAAAAAGAAACAGCAGAAAUACAGCUAGAAAUAGAGCGUGAAAAGAAUGUAAAAGGUGAAUCAAAAUCUGUAGGCCAGAGAGCCUGGUCUCCCAAACUACCGCCUUUUCAUGAGGACAAAGAUAAUAUUGAUGCAUACUUGCAGCGAUUUGAGCGUUAUGCAGACACCCAAAAUUGGCCGCGCGCUGAUUGGGCGAUUAAUCUAAGCGCUUUGCUCACAGGAAAAGCUCUUGAUGUUCAUUCUAGAUUAACCAGUGACGAAGCUAAAGAUUAUAAGACUUUGAAAACUGCUCUUUUGAAAGCUUUUCAACUUACCUCAGAAGGAUUUCGUUCAAAGUUUUAUACAGGUAAACCAGUUAAUGGGGAAACCGCAUCACAAUAUUCAAACAGAUUAGAGAACUACCUUAACAGAUGGAUUGAACUCUCGGGCGUCAAGCAUGAUUUUGAUGACCUAAAGGAUCUUCUUCUUCGAGAACAUUUCAUCAACGGAUGCCAUCGUGACUUGUCAAUCUUCCUACGAGAACGACAGCCAAAGACUACAAAGGAUGCCAUGAAGUUCACAGAACAAUACCUAGAAGCACGAGGAGGUGUAUUCAGAGCGCCACCACCACAGAGGAACAUCCCUACAGGACAAACACAGCGAAUCAAUACAAGACAUGAAGGAAAUAUUCCAGGUGUGAGACCAGCAGAGCAACCAGAUCCACAAUGGACUCUACCAGAGACCGUCAUUCCAGUCUGCGCAGUACAGACAAGAGCACAAGUCCAACGAGAAGGCAAGCCAUUUCGUCCACUCAAGACUCCACAUCCAAUGGAAGAAGUUGUCAUCCCAUCAGUUCUCAAGGAAACACAACAGAAGGAUGAGACUCUACAUCGACUGAGAGAACUGGCUGAUGCUGGAACAGAGAAAGUAAGUCGUCAUCAUAAUAAGUCUUCCUUCUUCUAUAAAGACGGGAUUCUAUACAGAUCCUUCCUUUCUUCCAAGGAUUCAGAUACAGUAGUCACACAAGUUGUUGUUCCAAAACAAUACCGUAAGCAAGUAAUGCAGACAGCUCAUGAGAAUCUUCUAGGAGGCCACCAAGGAGCAAAGAAAACCACAGAAAAAAUUCUUACCAAUUUCUUCUGGCCCGGUAUGAAUUCUGACAUUACCCGAUAUGUCCGAUCAUGUGACAUAUGUCAACGCACUUUAGCUAGAGGCAGAGUAACAAAAGUCCCAUUAGGAAAGAUGCCAAUCAUUGAAGUCCCCUUUGAACGUAUAGCUAUAGAUAUCGUUGGACCAAUACAUCCCAUGACAGAAAACAAAAAUCGUUACAUUCUCACAAUUGUUGAUUAUGCCACUAGGUAUCCUGAGGCGAUUCCACUCCCCAGCAUCGAAACAGAGAGGGUAGCAGAGGCUCUUGUAAGCGUCUUCACUAGGGUCGGGAUUCCAAAGGAAAUGCUGACAGAUCAAGGAACACAAUUUACAUCGGACCUCAUGAAAGAAGUAAGCAAGCUAUUGUCUAUACGCCACUUCACGACCUCGCCAUAUCACCCAGCUGCAAACGGUCUUGUUGAAAGAUUCAAUGGAAGCUUAAAGCAGAUGCUUAAACGUAUGUGUGCCGAGAACCCAAAGGACUGGGACAGGUAUAUCACCCCACUUCUAUUUGCAGUCAGAGAGGCACCUCAGGAAAGCAUGGGAUUUUCCCCAUUUGAACUUCUCUACGGAAGGAAAGUUCGUGGACCCCUCGACAUCCUCAAAGAACUCUGGACAGGCGAAGCUGAGACGGCGGAAACCAAGUCUACCUACCAAUAUAUCUUGGAUCUUCGGAAUAGAAUCGACGAGACUUGUCGCAACGCUCAUACUCAACUACAGAAAUCUUCAGAGAGAUACGCAAGGUACUACAAUCAGAAAGCCAAACACAGAGAAUUCCAAAUUGGAGACAGAGUACUCCUUCUACUGCCAACAGACCGAAACAAGCUUCUUCUGCAAUGGAAGGGUCCUUUUGAAGUUGUCUCCAAAGUAAGCUCAACAGACUACAGAAUCGAUUUGAAUGGUAAACUAAAGGUAUUCCACAUAAAUCUCUUAAAGAAAUAUCAUGACAGAAAUAACACAUCUCCUUCUCUUUCAGAUACUGUGACAGCUUGCUCCGCAGUGAUUGAAUGCGAGGAUAAUGCCGAAGAUGAAAACACACCUUCUUCAUCCCCACUAACAAACAGAUCUCUCUUGCAGCCAUUUCCAUUACAGGCCAAGGAAUCACUUGCUGAUGUUACCAUUAAUCCAGAUCUUUCUCCCUCACAGAAAGAACAGGUCAAUGCACUUCUCAACAACUACAAAGACGUCAUGUCAGAUCUGCCGAAUCGCACAUCACUUGGCGAACACAACAUCUUACUCAAAGUCGGUGAUCACAAACAGUUAAAGAGUAAACCUUACCCCAUUCCUCAUUCUCUAAGGGAUACUGUCAGAGAUGAAGUAAAAACCAUGCUGUCUAUGGGGGUUAUAGAACCUUCAGAUAGCCCCAUAGCUUCCCCAAUUGUCUUAGUCAAAAAGCCUGAUGGUAGUAACCGUUUUUGCGUUGAUUAUAGGAAGCUCAACAAGGUCACUGUAUUCGACGCUGAACCCAUACCCGAUCAAGAUGAAUUAUUCACAAAAGUCGCACAUGCCAAAUACUUUACUAAGAUAGACUUAAGUAAAGGCUAUUGGCAAGUUCCUAUGUCACACAAAUCAAAACCACUAACUGCCUUCCUCACUCCUGAUGGCCUUUUUCAGUUUACAGUCAUGCCCUUCGGCUUGGUGAAUGCGCCUGCCUCCUUCAGCCGAAUGAUGAGAAGACUACUAAAAGGACUUGAUGGAGCUGUAAACUAUAUAGACGAUAUCCUGAUACACUCAACCACGUGGGAUCAGCAUCUUGCCACACUCACCGAGUUGCUUAGCAGGCUACGAGCAGCAAAACUGACAGCCAGACCCAGUAAAUGCUUCGUGGGACAUUCGAAGGUUGAAUUUCUGGGACACGUAAUCGAAGAUGGAACAGUAAGCCCUCGACCAGAGAAACUCAAAGCCAUCCAAGAAAUCAGCAGACCUCAUACCAAACGAGAGCUUCGAUCAUUUCUCGGCAUGACCAACUACUAUAGGAAGUUCAUACCCAACUAUUCUGCCAUUUCCGCUCCACUGACAGAUAGGACUCGGAAAGAUGAACCAAAUCAAAUCAGAUGGGAAACCAAUCAGGAACAGGCCUUCAACACACUCAAAGACAAACUAACCAAUCCACCCAUCCUUCAUCUACCAGACUUGUCAACAGAUUUCAUACUCAGAACAGAUGCAUCAAAUGUUGGAAUUGGAGCAGUCCUGCUUCAGACACACGAAGAGGAACGAUUCCCAGUAGCAUAUGCAAGUCGUAAGUUACUUCGAAGAGAACAAGCAUAUUCCACCAUUGAACGUGAGUGUUUAGCCAUAAUUUGGGCUGUAAGAAAGUUCGAGCCAUACUUAUAUGGUAGACAAUUUGUGCUCGAAACUGAUCAUCAACCAUUGACCUACAUGAAUAGUGUUAACCCAGCCAAUGGGAGACUGAUGCGCUGGAUCUUAGCAUUGCAACCUUACAGAUUUCGCGUAGAAGCGAUUCGCGGCAGCGACAAUGUCGGAGCAGACGUAUUGAGUAGGUUGUAAAAAAAAAAAAGUAAAAGUAAAAGCAUUUUCUCGAAGAGGGGAGUAAAAUGUCACAUUAAAAAUGCAUUUAUUUUAUUUUAUUUAUUUUCCUCAGCAAAGCUUGCUUAUUUAUCUAAGUUUCACUCCACAGCCAGGUUGCUAAGAGACAAGGAGUAGAUCUUAUGCAAGAGUGAGUAGGAGAUGAGAGAAGUGUGUGUGAGAUUCCUUUUGCUAGAAUUAAAUUGCAUUUCUAUUGUGUGUUGUGUCUAGGGUGGUAGACUUGUAUAGGUCCCUUUUAGUGAGCUCAGUGAGCCUUUCUUUUUAAACAGCUGCUUAAAAUACUUUGGGGAAAUUGCAAAAUUGGGAGGAGACCCCAGUAGCUUUCCACUAGUUUUCUAGCAUUGCAUCUUGGAGACUUUGUGUAACACACACCUAUGCAAUUUUGGGGCAGUCGCCAUUUUAGCUGCCAUUUUGAUAAUUUUUGAAUUUCAACUUUAAGCAGAAAAGCAGCCUUACUUGUUUGAUAUUGGCUGGAACUUAUAAAUACCUGUAUGAGGUCAGAUUUAGCAGAAUAUAUGCUGUUAUUUUAUGCCUGAAUAGAAGAAGCCAUCGAUGGUUCCAAGAUCGGGAUAUUUUCCAACACCGGAUAAUUUCCAGGAUCGGGACAUUUCCCAAGGUCGGGUCGUUUAGGAGACUGGUGAAUUAUUAGUAAGCUGAGAAUAUUAAGCACCGUCUUUGAUGGAGUUUUUCGGCCAACAGAUAAGUUAUUAUAAAGAACAGUGAGAGAGAAAGCAGGAGGACUUUUCUUUAAAUGUGAACUCGAUUUCUGAAUAUCAGAAAGUCUAACGAUUGGAGAUUUGAAAUUGAAGAUACAGACAUUAAUUAUGACUGAACAGUUGAUUGAUAGAAGUAUUGAUUUGAAUUUGGAUCCUUGUAAGAUAUGUCGGAUGAUAGUCUUGAGCUAGAGUUUGGAGAACAGCUCAAGUUUCAGGUGUUAGAAGAUAAAAUGUGAUCAGAAAAAUAUAUUAGGUCAGAGAUACAAAAUGGUGAAAGUAGAAUUAUAUAUGAAGGUGGAUUAAUGCAGGAUCCUUUCAUAAUUAUGAAUGUUUGGUAGUUAUGAUUGUGAAAA